AAGCAACACACACAACAUAUAUAUAUGUGCAUUGGGAUCUGCGUCGAUUUCAGUUCAAUCUCGAACAGGUUCACAGUUCUUCGAAGUGCUUCUUGUUGAUUCCUCCAAAUGUUCUGAUCUAUAGUUUGUGUGAUCGUAGAUAAUAAUAAAAAAAUUUUACACGAAUCCGGUGCAAGUGUCAAGUACUUUUUCGCAAUGUUUCCUUUUAAAACGUGUUGCCUUUGUUGUCAAUUGGAAACGGGUGCAUAUACUUUGGGUAUUCUGGGAUCACUCGGUUCACUAGGAACUAUUCUCUUUGGUCUGAUAAUUUUAGGUCACAUUUUCCAACAAAUCCCUUUUUUACUCAUUUUGCCAGUAAUUCUAAUACUUUUCGCAUCGAACGCUUUGAGUUGUUUUCUGCUGAUGAUAUUCGGGGCGAAGACAAGAAAUAAAUGGCUCCUAUUGCCAUACAUAGUCUUCGCUAUCAUAAUCCUUGUUACGGAUAUAUUAAUAAUGCUUACUAUUUCAUUAUUGCAUGGAAAAGUGGAUGCAAACGACCUUGAGCUCUUAGGAAUCUCCAUUUUUUGUCUCCUACUGGGCAUUCAUUGUGUGCUUAGUAUGAUUUCUCUGUUCAUGAAAUUCAGGAAGGAAGAAGCGGACACAAGAAAGGAUGGAUUCUAUCGGUUGGAGAAAGAUAUGCACAUAUAAAAUUAGGUUAUAGGAACAUUGUCUCAUAUGUACUCCAAUUAUGAAUAGUAAUUGUCAAAUGUUAUAAGAAUAUGUAUCACCACGAAAAUAUAGCAUUCAGCAGAAGUA